AUGACUAAGAUCAAUAACAAAACAGUUGUGUGCAUGCUUUUCAUGAUCUUCCUUUUUGCUGGUAUCAUGACAACCGAAGGCAGAACUGUUUCUCUUGGACCAACUCCUCUUUGUUCUUCUGUAGUUGGCGUAAAAACUGGUGAUACAUGUUUUGACAUAGCUCAAAAGUUCAAGUUGAGUUCAGGAUUAUUUGACUUCAUCAACCCGAAUCUGAAUUGCAAGAAGUUGUUUGUAGGCGAAUGGAUUUGUGUAGAUGGAAUAUAA